AUGUGGUUCGCGCAAGUCGAAAACCAGUUCGCGAUUGCAGGAAUAACUGCAGACAGUACGAAAUUUCAUUACGUGACGGUCAACCUGGACUCCCAUUAUUCUACCGAGAUGCGCGACAUCCUCACUCAACCGCCAGCCAAGGGCAAAUAUGAGAAACUGAGAACAGAGCUGGUAAAGAGGCUAAGUGCUUCGCAAGCGAGAAAAACCAAGCAGCUGCUGGAGACCGAAGAGAUGGGCGAUCGGCGUCCAUCCCAGUUCUUCCGACAUCUCCGCGGCCUGGCGGGGACAGCUAUCCCAGACGACCUCCUGCGAUCAUUAUGGCUGGGUCGGCUCCCAUCGCCUACCCAAGCGAUCCUGGCCACGCAGACUAAUGCAUCAUUGGAUGCGUUGGCCGACCUGGCCGAUGCCAUUGCGGAUACCAACCCUCAGCCGCAGGUGGCUGCAGUGUCCUCCCUGGAGGCGAUGGUGGACUAG